CCUCUGCUGUCAACAGCUGCGAAACAGCUCCAAACUGGGGAAUAAGUCGCUUGCUGUGUCCGCCGGUCGUUGUUUUCAAAGAACUACAGGGACUUUCUGAGAUAAGGUGUGGCGUGCAGGUAGUGUUACAGAACUGAAGGAUCGUCUCAUACAAUAUGGAGUCUGGGGAACGGCUGGCCUCCCCAUCCCCGGCCUCCCCCUCGUUUCGUAGGGCCUCGUCUUCAACCAGCUCCUCCCCUGCUCCACCACAGACACUCCUCAACCAGUACAGUUCAGCUACUGAAAGCAGCUCCCCGCUCGUCUGUGGUCGUUCAUUUUGGAGGACAGGAGAUGAACACUCAAAUAUCUUUAGUCCUGCUUUUGGGCUCUAUAGCCCAGGUUGUUCUGAGUUCGGAGGACUUGGAAGUCUGGGUUUGUCUGCAAUGGCGACUCAUUCAGACUUGGGCACAUUUCCAGAUUGGUGGAGGCCGGUUGAUGCACAUACCAGGGAAGCAGCGGCAGCAUUCUUCCCCCCUCUUCUCAGUCUGCAUCCCUUGUUUGCAUCAACCUUCAAAAGCCUUGAUUCUGCUGAUUUACAGUCACGUACCCCAGGUCUUAAUGGAGCAUUGAAUGGUAGGAGCCCUUUCUCUCCUACUGUAAACACCGGUUCAUUUCCUGCAAAAGAAAACAAGGCCAAAGCUGAAUCCAACACAGGACAGAGACGAAAGAGUAUCCAUGAGAAAGUGCAAUUACAUCAUAAGACCAUUCAGAAUGCAAAGGAAAAGCCCAUGAAGAGACCACCAGAGCUAUCCAGCGGAAGGGGCUCCCAGUCAGGAUCCUUGUCAGAAAGCUCCAGUGAUGAGGAAGUCAGCAGUGAUCCUGACGACAUGGAGGAAGAAGAUGACGAUGGUCAAAGCAGCGACAGUGAGGACUCUGAUUCUGAAAAAGAGCAUCCAGUUAAAAGAAAAGUUGAACGGAUGACACAGGACACCUACGAGAGUAAAAGGAAGAGAUGUUGUGCCUCUGAUGGAAAUGCCAGUCAAGACAGUCAUUAUCACAAUGUUCCUGUGACUUCUUCGUAUCACGUCCAGUCAUGUUCUCGUCUCGCUGGGCUGCCUCAGUCCUCCGCACUGUUUCACCAGAGUUCCAGGAGUGUAGAGGAGGAAAGCCAGCAGCACAUCAGUGUGAUACAGGCCACAGGACUGGCAGUAAGCAACAGUCCUUCAGCACAAUCCCACAGGAAGGCUUGCCCACUGCCCUUCAAGUCCUCAAACAACCAUAUUUCCCUCCACAAAUCAUCAAAACACUUGGCCCAUCUAAUGUCACCACGCCUCACGCCUUUGCUCUCAGCAAAGCAAAGCUCUGGCUUUUCCUCUCCUAAACCUCCUGCUCUCUGCUCCCCUAAGAAACCCUUUUCACGUUGUUCCUCACCGAAACAGCCACCUCUCGGUUCCCCCAAACGUCUUCCCCUCUCUUCUUCACUCAAGCCACCAUUGGCCUCAAAUGAGCCUUCAGAUAAAGCCAGUCUUUUGAUGCCCCCUGGCAAGUGUUCACAGCCUCUUGAUAGCAUGAAAGAGAUCAGUGGAAACCUCCCAGAUAAAUACUCAUUACACCUGAAACAGCCUCUCUAUUCAAAGGAUUCUGUGAAGCCGGAUUCCUCUGUGCAUCCUAAGAGCCAAAGCUGUGACACAAACCUUUUCCUGAACCUCCAUCCUAACGGAGCAACUCGGAGCGUUGUUCAAGAUGCCCCCCUGGCACUGAUCACAAAGCCCCGCGGCCAGAGCCACGCUGUCAACACCAAACCGCUCCUGGCAGCUACCGGCCCUCCCUACCUCAUGCCAAUCAACUUGAGCAAUGGCACCAAGGAGAUGUCGAACAGCUCUGUUUCCCCACAUAAAUCUUCUGCCUCAUCAACACUGGCUACCAGAUCAGCGAUGACCAGAAGAGUUCUGCACGACAGAAAGAGCCUCACUAAAACCAACCCCACCCAUGCAGCCUUGGACUUGACCAGAAACAGUGAGUCUGAUUUCCUCAGCAGAAAAGGCUCGGAUGACUCCUUAGGAGAGGAUUGUGAUGACGACGACAACGAGGAAGAUGAAGAAUCUGGCAGUAGCCUUUCAGACUCGGAGAGCAAUCUUGAGAGCAACUCUGAUGACUCUGAGGAUGAUAUCAAAGAGUGCGCCGAGACGGAAGCAAACAGGACUCUGAAAGCAUCUGAAAACUCAUUUUCUAUACACAAGUCCUCUCCGAACCUCUCAGCCAGCUACUCAGUGCUAAACCUGCAGAUUACCAAGCCUCCACAUCUGCCAAGUAGUGGUUUACUCAGCCCCAUCAACAACACCAAGACCUUGGAUAAAAAUCCCACCACAUCCCCAUCCUUCACAUCUGCAGCAAUGCCAGGGUCAGUGAAGAGGAAGAGGGUCACAGAUGAGAGAGCUCUGCUAUUGCCUCUCGAGUUUGGGUGGCAGAGAGAGACCCGGAUCAGGGCACUCUCAGGUCGCCUGCAAGGGGAGGUGGCUUACGUUGCCCCCUGUGGGAAGAAGCUGCGUCAGUACCCUGAUGUCAUGAAGUACUUAGUCAGGAAUGGAAUAACUGAAAUCUCACGUGGGAACUUCAGCUUUAGUACAAAAAUUAAAGUUGGUGACUUCUAUGAAGCCAGAGAGGGACCAGAGGGUUUGCAGUGGUUCAUGCUGACUCAGGAUGAAAUCGCUCCCACUAUCAUAUCGAUGGAUGGGAGGCGCAGCCGUCACCCAAAGUCAGACCACCAACCGACAGGUGAUGCUGCUGGGGACAGACAUCCUCAUCCUGAAAACACCGGUGACCCAGGUGUCAGUGAUGCUAAGUUGUUACGUAAACUGGAGGCUCAAGAAAUAGCUCGAAAGGCAGCUCAGAUAAAAAUAAUGAGAAAACUGGAAAAACAGGCCAUGGCCCAAGCAGCCAAGGAGGCAAGGAAGCAACAAGCGAUAAUUGCUGCUGAGGAGAAACGGAAAAAGAGAGAGGAACUGAAGAUUCUUAAACAGCAAGAGAAGAUCAAGCGCAUUCAGCAAAUUCGUAUGGAGAAAGAACUCCGUGCACAGCAAAUUCUUGAGGUGAAAAGAAAGAAAAAAGAAGCAGCAGCCCAUGCCAAAAUAUUAGAAGCUGAGAAAAGAAACAAGGAGAAGGAGAUGCGACGACUUCAGGCUGUCAUACAGAAGCACCAGGAGUUGGAGAGGCAUAGACUAGAUAUGGAGAGGGAGAGACGCAGGCAGCACAUGAUACUCAUGAAAGCUUUGGAUGCCCAGAAGAAGGCAGAGGAAAAGGAGCGUCUGAAAAGAGAAAAGAAAGAUGAGAAGCGGUUAAACAAGGAGAGGAAACUGGAGCUCAGAAGACUGGAACAGGAGAAAGCAAAGGAGCUGAAAAAGCCAAAUGAAGACAUGUGUUUAGCAGAUCAUAAGCCACUCCCAGAGUUGUCCCGCAUCCCUGGUUUAGUCUUAGCUGGAAACACCUUCUCUGACUGCCUGAUGGUCUUGCAGUUUCUACGCCGCUUUGGAAAGGUCCUUGGAUUGCACUUAAAUUCAAGCGUGCUUACAAUCAGCACCCUUCAAGAGGGGCUGCUUAACAUUGGGACCAGUAUGUACAAGGUGGAGGACCUGCUGGUCAGCAUGCUCUCCGCUGCGGUGUGUGACCCUUGUAUACCUGCGGGGCACAAGUGCAAAACUAUCUUGGGGGAACACUUGUCUAAUUUGGAGAUCAACAGAGACAACGUGUCUGAGAUCCUGCAGAUCUACAUGGAGGGCCGCUCUGAACAGACGCAUGUGGCUGCUCUGGCUGUCAGCCUCAAGACCAAGGCUUUCCAGGCUCACAGUCCGUCGCAGAAGGCCUCUAUACUCGCCUACCUGGUUAACGAGCUCUGCUGCAGCAAGGCUGUGAUCAGUGAGAUUGACAAAAAAAUAGAUUACAUGACCAAUCUGAGGAGGGAUAAGUGGGCUGUCGAGGGAGAGCUUCGAAAACUGAGGAACAUCCAUGUCAAAAUGACGGGGAGGAGAGACAGCAGUGACGGGGGAAACGACAACCACACCUUUGGCACCGCCGGUGUAAGAAACAAAUGCAAGACGAGAGAAGGAGACAGUGACGAAGAGGAGGAAGACGAGGACGAGAGCGAUGAUCAAGGAGACAACAAUGAUGAGGAAGAGGAAGAAUCAUGGGGAAAGAAAGAGAAGAAGACAGUGACACGUGAAGAAGAGGAUGAUGGCGCACACUCGGGCAGCAUCGAGGAGCUGGAGAAACAGAUUGAGAAAGCUUACAAGCUGCAGAGUCAAAUUAGACAGAAGCUGUUUGACUCGUCUCUGUCACUGCGCUCCAUGAUGGUUGGCGAGGACCGAUAUAGGAGACGUUACUGGCUCCUUCCCCAGAGCGGUGGUAUUUUUGUUGAAGGCAUGGCGAGUGGCAAAGGCUAUGAGGAGAUGGAGCAGGAGGGGGAAAGACAGAGAACCUCUCAGGCAAUUGGGGUAAAAGAGCCAAAGAAGGAGACAACAAAGCCAGCGGUGUCCAUCCCAGUCCAGAACACAGAGAUUUAUGAACCCUCAAAGAGCCAGCAAGACGAAGACAAUCUGUUCCUCCAAAAUCCAGACUCCUUAUCUAACCUCAGCAAACUGCUUGAAGUAGUCAAAAUGGCUCAAAAGUCAGAAAUCAAUGCUCAGAAAACUCAUUCUGCUGAAAUUCCUAUCACGAGAUCUUACCCCUCUUAUCCUACCUCACAGAAAGAUAAAACAGAUACCUCAGUAUCAUCUCUGCUCAAUGCUACCAAGCUCAAAAACAGCCACUGGACGACCCACAGCCCUCAAUCCGUCCUUCAUCGAGACCAGCUGUCCAAGAUAUUGACAGAAAACAGCAGUGAGUGGUUUAGCCUCCUGCCUCGCUCUCCUUGCGAUGGGUCCUCUGCAACCCCUGGCUGCAAUCCUCCAGCCUCCUCCUCAUCACCUCAACCCAUCAGGACUGACCUCCCCUCCUUCCUCUUCCCUAAUCUCCCAGAAACAGCAAGCUACAACACCAUAGCUGGGAUCAAUAACACAAAGUCACCUAUUCCUCAGCAUGUAAAGUCUGCCAUUGACAGCAGGCUGACGAUGUGUGAGGAGUUCAGCUCGGUGGCAAGGCCUAGUCUGCCCCUCUCUGGCAGUUCUCUACCCCGUAUGCUGCAUCCACCGUCCCAGCAUGCAGCGGGUGGAGGAAACACGGCCCUCUGUCUGGCAGAUAGUAGAGCCAUCAAGAGCGAGACCCCUGAACCAGAGACUGACAAGCCGUCUUGUGCCUCGUCUCCUGCUGUCGAGGUGGCCAAAACGCAGGACUUCCCUUGCCCUCAGCCUAUCCCACAGGAGAUGCUGCAUGGCUGGUGGAGGGUGUCAGGCAGAGAGGACUUGGACCAACUGGUUAAAACCCUCAAUAGCAGGGGCAUCAGAGAGCGGAUCUUGCAAAAACAGAUCCAAAAACACAUGGAGCACAUGACCCAACAUUGUGCCGACAGUAACAACGAAUUUGAUGUGACGGAGCUGGAAAAACAGGGGCUAAGCAGGGAGACUGUGCAGAGCUGGUGUGUGGAGAAGUGGGCCAUGGAUGUGGACAUCGCCCUGCUGCAGCAGGUCGAAGCUCUGGAAAGAAAAGUCAUCUCUGCCAGCUUGCAGGUCAAGGGUUGGAUGCCUCCCGAGCCCCAGUCAGACAGUAAGGAUCUGGUCUACCAUGAACACCGGCUCUCCUCAGCACCAGAGAAAAGAGGCCAGAGAGACGCCAGCCACGACGACCCUCCCGGCUCUUUGGUGCGGCGGUCCAACAAUCCUCUUGAUAUAGCUGUCAUCAGGCUGGCUGAGCUGGAGGAGAACAUUGAACAAAGCAGCGAGGAGGUGGUGGCUCCUGGGAUGAAAAUGUGGCAUAGAGCUCUCAGUCGAGUCCGUAGCUCAGCUCAGCUGUCGCUCUGCAUUCAGCAGCUGAAGAAGUCCAUAGGUUUGGAACGAUCCAUCAUGAAAGUGCACUGCCAGCUCUGUGAAGAGGGCGAUAAUGAGGAGCUGCUUUUACUUUGUGAUGGUUGUGACAAAGGUUGCCACACUUACUGCCUUAAUCCCAAGAUCACCAGCGUACCUGAAGGAGACUGGUUCUGUCCUUUUUGUUUAGCAAAGGAAAGUGACCAAACCCCUCACAGUCAGAAUCAAGAGAGCCGAACAGCUGGAGGAGAAAAGAAAGGCAGCGAGGUGAAACAAAACAGUAAGCCCUCAGGGGCGGGAGAGCCCAUCUGCGUGGAGGAUGUCGGCAGCAACAGCACGCCAAAGAGAGGUUCCAAGGAGUUCAGAAAAAGGAAAGAUGAUGGCUUCCAGGCAAAGUGUGGAAACUCUGUUUCCUGUGCAAAAAAAGUGAAAACGUCUAAGAAUGACAACAAUGAGCUGGCAGAGUGUCGAAAACUGUUGGCUGAACUUGAGGCCCAUCAAGAUGCCUGGCCCUUUCUCACUCCGGUCAACCUCAAAACUGUCCCUGGGUACAGAAAAGUCAUCAAGAAGCCCAUGGACUUCUCCACCAUCAAGGAAAAGCUCACCAACAACCUGUAUCUGAACAUGGAGACGUUUAUCAUUGAUGUGAACCUGGUCUUUGAUAACUGUCAAAAGUUUAACGAGGACGACUCUGAAAUCGGACAAGCCGGCCACAAUAUGAGGAGAUUCUUUGACCAACGAUGGACCGAGCUGCUGCAUUAAAAGUUAAUGUGUGUGGACACUAAUCUAAACAUAUCAGACUCCUGUACUGGUGUUGGAGGCCAAAUCUGUGCUGUUGGCACAAAAUCCCCACACUGGAACUGAUAAGUUUGAAAAAUAAACAUAAAUACACCUCAUUGAUAAAUACACCUCACUGAUUUAUGUUUUCAAUAGCAAUAGUUUUCUUUAUUCAAACUCUUAUUCUCUAUUCACUUAUUCUUCA